AAACCUCUUACAAGGGAAGGGCGCUUCCCCGAGGCCAGCGGAGGGAGGGUGCCACGCCAGCUACGGCCUGGGCCUGGGAGCCCGGGGGAGAUGGAUGGCCCGGCCGUUUGCUACGGAUGCGAAACAAUGUAACCGAGGAGAAAACACUGUCUCAUUAGUCCAGUUGCCAAGGAAACCCAGGUGGGGAAAGAGCAGGCAGGACCUGGCGUGGGCUGGCAAAGCACCGCGCUGGUCGGCGAGGGUCUUUGGUGAUGAGAAUCGACGACACCUUGUCCCCCAGCCGCCGGCAGACACCGGGCUCCGGCAGCAGAGACCAGGCGUACUCCCUCUGGGCUCCCUGGGGCCCCGGGGAGAGGGCCAGGACAGAAAGAGGCUGCGAGCUGAGGGUUCCACUCAUGGCCACUUUACUCCGAGGUUGUUGCCAGGUUGUUGCCGAGGUUGAAGGCAAGAAAAGAAGUAUGAUCUCCUGGAACCAACAGCUCUGGUCUCUCGAGAAAAAAAAAAAAAAAAUCAGAGACAAGUGUUGGUCACGUGGCAUCUCAGCUGUUGGACCCCAUCCAUGGGCACUCACAUACGCACUCCUGUCCCGGCCUCCCUCCAGGGCGUUCGAACCACAGCUGCCUUCCGAGCCCCCGUUCAAGGGAGCAGGACUCGUCCCUUUGGUUUCCUCAGCCUUGGGGACCCGGGAGGCCUGCGCCCUCCCCUCCACUCCGGCCCAUGGGGACGCUCGCGGCGAAACUUCUCCUGCCGACCCUCAGCAGCCUGGCCUUCCUCCCCACCGUCAGCAUCGCUGCCAAGCGGCGGUUCCACAUGGAGGCCAUGGUCUACCUCUUCACCAUGUUCUUUGUGGCGCUGUACCACGCCUGCGACGGGCCCGGCCUGCCGCUGGUCUGCUUCAUGCGCCGCGACGCCCUAGAGUACUUCAGCGUCUACGGGACCGCGCUGAGCAUGUGGGUCUCGCUGAUGGCGCUGGCCGACUUUGACGAACCCAAGAGGUCGACCUUCGUGAUGUUUGGCGUCCUGACCAUCGCGGUGCGGAUCCACCAUGACCGCUGGGGCUACGGGGUGUACUCGGGCCCCAUCGGCACGGCUGUCCUCAUCAUUGCCACAAAGUGGCUGCAACAGAUGAAGGAGAAGAAGGGUCUGUACCCCGACAAGAGUGUCUACACCCAGCAGAUAGGCCCCGGCCUCUGCUUCGGGGCGCUGGCCCUCAUGCUGCGCUUCUUCUUUGAGGACUGGGACUACACCUAUGUUCACAGCUUCUACCACUGUGCCCUGGCCAUGUCCUUCGUCCUCCUGCUACCCAAGGUCAACAAGAAGGCCGGCAGUGCGGGGCCCCCCGCCAAGCUGGACUGCUCUACCCUUUGCUGCGCUUGCAUCUGACAUGGCCGCCCGCCCCUGUCCCCGUCCCCGUCCCCCGCACAAGCCCCUGCCCUCCCCUUCAUCUCACACCCCAGGAGCGCCCAGGAGAAAUGUCUCCUCCGAGGCUGAGAGGUCCGCAGGGAUCUGGGGCCCCC